UUGAAUGUCUUUAUGUAUUCCCCGUGUGCGCGCAUUAACUUUCAGUUAGCAUGAUUAGGCUAAGCAAAUUUUGGUUUAACCAACCAAAGGUUCAGGGUUUUGCUGAUGGUAAGUUAACCCCUGGCGUGUACCCAAAGUGUAAAAUCAGACAAAACCCAUUAGAUUGCAUUUGUUAACACACCACCCUGGACCUCGGUAAUUUUUUAAGCGUGAUUACAGGUUAAUUGCACAGACGGGAAUCUCUAUCGCCCCCUUGUGUCCGGAGGUUUAUUACGGUCACAUUACUCUCAGACGACACAUCCACAGUCUGUCUACAAACUCAGAAAUCUGAUUGGCUGAUUUUUAUGUACACGGGUUUAUAACACGAAGCUCUUUUCAAAGUCUCCACACGUUCUCAUCCGUCGUUUCUGUUGUCGUGUUUCUAUUUUUUCACACAGGCCAGAUUAAGCUGCAGAAAGAUCUUUUGUCUGGUUACACCAAACUACCACUAUAACACAUUUAUAUACUUGUGUUAAGUGUGUUUCUGACUAUAGGGUUUAGUUGCUGAAUGUAAAGCUGUGCAGGAAUAGAGGCGCUAUUCAUAAUGACUAUAGCAGUGUACACACAGAGAUCUAGAAAACAACAAGAACAGAGGAUUUGUGUGUGUUUGCACAUGUAAAAUUUCUCUGUGUUUAAACUGUAAUGUAUCACACUGAUGAGGGUUGUGAGUCACAGAUCAGAAGUCUGAUUACACACACACACACACACACACACACACACACACACACACACAGAGAGGAGUAAGUGCUGUCUUUGUUUUAUUGUUUUAUGAAAUCAAACACAAGAUUCAUGUUGUGUGUGCUGAUAUCUGAUUCUUCAGUCAAUAUUAACUGCUGAGUAUGAAUUUGUUUACACAAGCGCUUAAAUCUUUAAAGUCACCUGACUGAAAUGUUUUCUUAAAUCAUUUUAGAAACUGAUCUGAAGUUUUGUGAACGUGAUAACAACUUUUUUUAUUAUAAACCAGUAAGAAGUCAGAAGAACGGAUGUUUAAAACGCAUCUCUGAAACCUCAAGAGGUUUUGAGAUCAGAUGACAAGAUAUUAUUACUGCACAGACUGAAGGAGAUUUCUCUUGUUUUUACUCGCAGCGUAAUUCACAUCAUUUCAUUUCUCUUAUUUCACAGUGUCGAUGAGUUUACUGUUAUUCUUAAAAAAGCUAUAAUAAGAAAGACUAUAACCUUAAACAUUUGACCAGUAGUGUAUUUUGUUCAUACUUCUGAUGUGUCUAUUAAAAAAAAAACGUAAGGAGAAACAUCACAAACUUAUCUUUUCUUGCUCAAGAGGGAUUAUGGGUAAUGUUAUCCAAAAUAAACUACACGGGUAGAUCACAGGAGGCGGAGCUUAGCAGAGUCAAAUAUAUGACUAACUAUUUUUAAUCUGUAAAGCGCUGACACUAAUCUUCGAUGCUAUUUAAAGCAAAUAGUUAUGAAGUUAUUGUAAUCUGUGUAUUUGUGUGUGAAAUGAGAUGAAAGAUGGUGGGUGAAGUGUGGAAUGUUGGGAACUGUGUGCGUGGGCAGAGGAUCACAGCCUGUGACGUGAUUGGUUGAGAUGAUGAGUGGGCAAGAAUCGAAUCAAAGAGUUUAGUGUAAGAAAACGCAGUGUUUGCGUGCAGUUACACACACACACGUGAGUCACAUAUAUACAAACACAUUCAUUUGUACAGGCAUCUGGAGAUGGACAGGGAUGUGUAAUAUACAGUAAUUGGGAGAUAUUUGGAGGUGAUGGUUCUGGUCAAACGGGUGGACUUUGAGCUCAGAUUGGGUUUAUCUCUGUACUUCUGAAGGAAUGACGCUAGGAUUGUCUGGAAUUGACGGAUUACAGCUCUGUUGUUCUGAGGUCUCGUGAUGGAUAUUACGGAAGAUUUCCUGAGGUCUCACCAGGAUGACCCUCAGGUUUAGUGUUGGGGUGUAACUAACUACUCAUCUGUACUCGUCAGUUGUGUGAAUGUAUCGUGACAUCACUGUUAAAGUCUUAUAUACAGCCGAGUGAACUGAGGAAAAACUGUUCUUACUGAUUCAUUUAAUCUGAUUCAGAUGUAGAUAAUGAUUCACUGAUUCAUUUGAAUCACGGUCAGUAAAGUAUUUAGUGAAUUUCUGCAGUCCGCUAUCAGUAGUAUGAAGUUUUAUUGGUUAUUUAUUUCAAACGGAUGUGAUCAAAUAGAAAUCUGUCGGCCUGAUUAAGAUCUGUUUUUCUGCCAUUAUAAAUCUUAUUAUAAAGAGAAAUGUGAUUCAUGUUUAAUCGUCUAUCAUCUGUAAAGCAUUUAACCCCUUUAACUUUAAUUACAUCUAACUGCAUUCAUACAAAAGAGAAAGUUUCACUGUUAACACUUGUACCUUGACAAACUAGUUUUCAAAAGCUUCUCCAACCUUCAUGACCUUCAAAAAUGAGAAGCAUUGAUGAACAUGUGGUGACAGGUUAAAAUCUCUGUUCGCUUUGGGCACUUUUUGUUCAUUGGUCUUUCUCUGCUUAGACUGUAUAUUAUUGUAACUAAACUACAAAGCGUUGUUAUUGUGUGAUGUCACUGACUGUGGACUAGGGCUGUAAUGAUUAAUCGUGUGUCCCAUUAAAAUGCCUGUCUGAAAUCGUUUCUAAAUCGCAAAGCUGCGAUUCUGUGUUUCAUGCACAGCUUGUGCGUGUACUACGGCAUUUGGUCAGUAAGAAGUCCUUAUCAAUCUAAAAUUAUUAUGAGUCAGAGUCGUUUAUAAUGUCCAUUUAAAAAAGCAACACUCGUUAAACAAAAUCAUUCAAAAUAUUCUUUAUUAUCAUGAAAAUACCUGAAACAAUUUGAAGAACAGCGAUAUAAAUAUUCCUGUAGACAUUGCUACUUCUUCUGUGGCACUAAGGGUGUUUCUGCACGAGAGCGCCCCCUGGCUUUUGGAGGUGCCGGGAUUUCACCGUAAUUCAUUAAAAUUCAUUCAUUGAGAAAACGUGCAUUUGCACUGUUAAUCGUUACACCCCUACUGUGGACCAGUGAGUCUCUUCCCCAUCCCUUCCAUGUGCGUGUGUGACUUUGCUUUUCAUCACAAUGUUUGGCAGUGUAAGGAAGAUGAUCUCCAUUUUUGAAAGUCAAAAACAGUCACGUCCUGUGUCGUUUCCUCCAUCGUUGUCUUUGUCUCGUACACGCCCCCGUGAUGAAACCCAUAACUCGACCUCGCCCAUACUCCGCCCCAUUCCUCCUCCAACAGAUUCUGAGCCACACCACCCCCCUUAUGCUAUAAACCUCAACCCUCGGCCUGGAGUCGCCCCUUCACCUGCCAGACAGCACCUCUGUCCUAAAGAGCAAAUUAACUCGCAUGUAACUCUGAGAAAAUCCGGUUCACUUCAACCAACUCUGCGCACGAGGGUUCGUGAAUCUUGGCCGUCAGGGGCGGUCGAUUUCUAUCCGAGGGCUUUUCGCUUGGCUGUAUCUAUGGGAACCAAAGAGCCGAUCGGCAGCAAACAACUGCUACAUACGUGUGCCAGAAACAAACGCAGAGACCCUCGUUUAGAUGUUGCUACAGUGUCCAGAUCCUCCGUCCCACAAUCAGACAAAACAUGCUCGUCUAAACCCAUCAAUGACACAAAAACUGCCAGAGCGCACAGCAGCGAAUGUCCAUCAGAAAUCAGUGGGUCUGCCAGGCAAACGUCUGAUGGAAACGCCUGUGGCUCUUUGACAUCAGAUAAGCAGCCAGUCGUGUGUACAGCUCCCGCCGCAGGCUCUGGUCUCAGAACUGACCCCGUUAGCUCAUCCUGCCGGUCCGGCCCAUUCGGUGGUACGGAUCAGAGAUCUCUUCAGAGGGAGAGGGGAGGGGCCUCUACACGUAAACAGAGACUCCGCCCCUCUGACUCCAGCCUGCUGUCCCUUCUGCUUUUCUUCCACAGUGGAACAAACAGCAGCAUGGUCGCCAUCGAUAACAAGAUAGAACAAGCAAUGGACCUGGUUAAGUCUCAUCUAAUGAUGGCUGUACGAGAGGAAGUGGAGAUUCUGAGGGAACAGAUUAAGGAGCUGUCUGAGAGAAACGCUCAGCUAGAAAGAGAAAACUACAUCUUGAGAGCCCUCAGGGACAAAGACUGAGUCAAACACUUGACGCUAAGCCCAGUGCAUGCUGGGAGAUGUAGUGUGAUGAGAGAAGUGCCCAGGAUAAAGAGAGGUUAUCAUGGGCGUUUUACACAGUACGCAGCAGUUGCGAGUGUCUAGUUCAUUUUCAGUAGGAGACGCGCGUAAAGCAGCAAAACGUGGACGGUCACAGAGGUAGCUUGGAAUCGGUUCGCACGCCUAAAUCCUGACCCUUCCAUGGACACGGCUCUUCAUAGCAGGCGCCGUUGAAGAUAAACAUAUUUGAAUGCUGCACAAAACGCUUCCACUACACGAGAAAAGCUGUAGCCGCACUGCGAUUCUGCUGCUUGAAAUGUACCGUGUGAAACGCCCUUUAGUGUGUGAAUAAAAAUGAAACGAUUAGUUGAGAUCAAGUGUGUGCAGUAUUCACUAAUUAGUGCCUUAUACGUCAGUAAUGACUGGUUAGAUGAUAACUAAAUAAUAUUGAUUUAAUAAUGCCCUAAACAGUGACUAUUUAUUGUUGUGUGUGUGUGUGUGUAUGUGUGCGUGUCUGUCUGUGCGUGUGUGUUAUAGUUUUAAAGCAUUGCUCAGCUCUAUGUUACUUACUUCCAGGCCAACAGAUCACAGAUUUCUGGUUUAGUCUUCCAUACUAUUUUUGUUUGCUCAAAAAUGAAUUGAUCUGUAAUACAUGCAAAUCUUACUGCUCUAAUAAAUAACUUGUACUACA